GUCGUUGUUGUCAUUCCAUUACUUAUAGCCCCGGUCGCUUAUCACUGUAGACUUGCAUAUAGUCGGUCGACAUAGCAACGGAAGCAUGGAUACUGACCCCCGGAGGGGUUCCUCGCAGUUCGGGACGCCAGCAACACUACGACCUCGCUUGAACUUCGGGAAGCUGGACGUGAACUCGCUGAAGCGGUAUCAGCGCGUUCAUAAGCUGCAGGUGGGCGUGCCGCAGACGGCGAGCAAGGAGCAGCUCGUGUCCGCGGUGACGAGGCACUUCUCCGCCCAGGUGGUGAGCGAUGAGCUCAAGGUGAUAGCGGCGUUCGUGACAGCCGUACAAAAGCGUCAAACGCUGAGCAAGAAGUGAAAUGAGACAGCCCAGCUGAUUGAGAAGGGUUGGGCGAGGCGACAGUGGGGCAAGGCCGGAUGGUGACGUGGACUUUGAACGGUGCAUUGUAGGAAUAGGAUUGGCUCAGGUCCUCUCAGCAGGUUGGUUGUGCCUCUGCAAACUAUGCAUACAAGGCAGCCUUGCAAUACGGGUACUGCAUCGAGGUAGAGCGGUCCACACAGUGGAACGAGUGUUGCAGCGGGCGGGGAACGUCGUAACACGGGCAUUUUUGAACGGUUGGGAGGCGGCCAACAGCCGGACUGUGCGGCAUUAUCGAGCUAGCGUGUGUGUUAAAUGGUGAAGGGUUCUUGAGCGGGAGGAUGAGGGCUGUAUAAUGGGUAAGCUCUGGGAGGUAUGCCUUGGUGGGCGUGGCUGCCGUGGCACGGUGGCAGGCCCGUGGGCAGGCCGUGCCUAGCUACGAGUGGCGCGCUGGUAAUGACGUUUUCCACCCUUU